AUGUACAACAUUUAUAAUGAUACAGAAGAAAACGAAGGACCGUAUAGAGACGAGCAGUUAGAAGAUAACAUAGAUGAGCCAGUGAGGGAUGAAAUAGAAACAAUAAUUGAAAACAUGAAGGAUUAUAAAUCAGCAGGGUAUAACGGUAUAAUUGCAGAAAGCAUUACAUUUGGAGGGGGGUUGCUGAAACAACACAUACAUGAAUUAAUCCUAAGAAUAUGGAGAGAAGAAGAAAUGCCCAGUGACUGGGAACUAGCACUUAUUACCACAUUACUGAAAAAGGGUGAGGAGACCGAUUGUAGCAACUACAGAGGAAUCUCCCUAUUGGAUGUAGUAUAUAAAAUUCUAUCAACAUUGCUUAAAAUGAGACUAGAGAAAAUUAUAGAUCCACAGUUGGGAGAUUAUCAAGCUGGUCUUCGCAAGGGAAGAUCGAUAACUGAUAACAUUUUUUUUCACGAAACAAGCUCUUACUACCUGCUACGAAUAUAA